AUGGAUUGUGUGCACAGGAGCACUUCGGAGUUGCUGGGUGUAAUGGGAUGUCAAGUUACAAUUAAUGGUGUUUCUGCAGUGACCUACAGGCAGAGGGGAGGCAAAGUUUUUGGGGAGAUAAACGGCUUUGCAGAUCAGGUACAUUUGAACUUCUUACUGUUUCUCCAUCGGCUAGCAGAAGCAGCCAGGACAAAUGCUUUUGAGAACAAAAGUAAAAUAAUUAAACCUGAGCACACUAUAACUGCAGCAAAGGUUAUUUUAAAGAAAAGCAGAGGCUAG